AUGAAGUUUCGCACUUCUAUUGCUCUGAGAUUUCGAAGCUGUGAUGGAAACAAAAAAAUACACUUUGGAAGCAGUGAGCCAGAAGAUUUCAGAGUAGGUGAAGAUGGUGUGGUCUAUGCAGAGAGAAGCUUUCAACUUUCAGCAGAGCCCACGGAGUUUGUCGUGUCUGCUCAAGACAAGGAAACACAAGAAGAAUGGCAAAUGAGGGUGAAGCUAACCCCUGAACCAGCCUUCACAGGGACUUCAGAAAAGGACCAAAAGAAAACUGAAGACAUCAUAUUUCCAUGGCAACAGUACAAGCACAGCAGCCCUCUGAAGAGGCAGAAGAGAGACUGGGUUAUUCCUCCAAUCAACCUACCAGAAAACUCCAGAGGACCUUUUCCUCAGGAAUUAGUUAGGAUUAGAUCUGAUCGUGAUAAAAGCCUCUCGCUGCGGUACAGUGUGACUGGUCCAGGAGCUGACCAACCUCCAACAGGCAUCUUCAUUAUCAACCCCAUCUCAGGACAGCUGUCUGUGACAAAGCCUUUAGACCGGGAACAGAUUGCUUCUUUUCAUCUGAGAGCACAUGCAGUGGAUGUAAAUGGAAACCAAGUGGAAAAUCCUAUUGACAUUGUUAUUAAUGUCAUUGAUAUGAAUGACAACAGACCUGAAUUCUUACACCAGGUUUGGAAUGGGACAGUGCCUGAAGGAUCAAAGCCAGGAACCUAUGUGAUGACUGUUACUGCCAUUGAUGCUGAUGAUCCCAAUACACAGAACGGGAUGCUGAGAUACAGAAUCUUGUCACAGACUCCAAGCAGCCCUUCUCCAAACAUGUUUACAAUCAACAACGAGACCGGUGACAUUAUCACCGUCGCAGCUGGGCUUGAUAGAGAGAAAGUACAACAAUAUACAUUAAUAAUUCAAGCUACGGACAUGGAAGGAAACCCAACAUAUGGUCUUUCAAACACAGCAGCUGCCGUCAUCACUGUGACAGAUGUCAAUGACAAUCCUCCGGAGUUCACUGCCAUGACUUUCUACGGGGAAGUACCAGAAAACAGGGUAGAUGUGAUCGUAGCAAAUCUGACGGUAACAGACAAAGAUCAGCCCCACACGCCUGCCUGGAACGCGAUGUACAGAAUGACCGGAGGAGACCCCACAGGUCGAUUUACCAUCCUGACUGAUCCCAAUAGCAAUGAUGGGUUGGUGACUGUUGUGAAGCCCAUUGACUUCGAGACCAACAGGAUGUUUGUACUUACUGUAGCUGCGGAAAAUCAAGUGCCUUUGGCUAAGGGUAUUCAGCAUCCUCCUCAGUCAACAGCAACCGUGUCCAUUACAGUUAUUGAUGUGAAUGAGAGCCCAUAUUUUGUUCCAAACCCUAAGCUUGUACGUCAGGAAGAAGGGCUGCUUGCUGGUAGCAUGUUGACAACUUUCACUGCUCAGGACCCUGAUCGUUACAUGCAGCAAACCUCUCUAAGGUACUCAAAACUUUCAGAUCCUGCAAACUGGCUGAAAAUUGACCCUGUUAAUGGACAAAUAACUACUACAGCUGUUUUGGACAGAGAAUCAAUAUAUGUUCAAAACAAUAUGUAUAAUGCAACAUUUCUUGCUUCUGAUAAUGGAAUCCCUCCAAUGAGUGGAACUGGCACACUUCAGAUACACCUGCUGGACAUCAAUGAUAAUGCCCCCCAAGUGAAUCCAAAAGAAGCCACAACUUGUGAAACACUACAGCCCAAUGCUAUUAACAUCACUGCUGUAGACCCUGAUAUAGAUCCAAAUGCAGGCCCGUUUGCCUUUGAGCUGCCUGACACACCUGCUAGUAUUAAGAGGAAUUGGACUAUUGUUCGAAUUAGUGGUGAUCACGCCCAGCUCUCUUUAAGGAUCAGAUUCCUGGAAGCUGGCAUCUACGAUGUGCCCAUAGUAAUUACAGAUUCUGGGAAUCCACAUGCAUCUAGCACUUCUGUGCUGAAAGUGAAAGUUUGCCAAUGUGAUAUAAAUGGAGACUGCACUGAUGUUGACCGGAUUGUUGGUGCAGGGCUGGGCACUGGUGCCAUCAUUGCAAUUCUGCUUUGUAUCAUCAUCUUGCUCAUUUUAGUUCUAAUGUUCGUGGUGUGGAUGAAACGCCGUGAUAAAGAGCGUCAGGCAAAGCAGCUCUUGAUUGACCCAGAAGAUGAUGUGAGGGACAACAUUCUGAAAUAUGAUGAAGAAGGUGGUGGAGAAGAAGAUCAGGAUUAUGACUUGAGCCAGCUCCAGCAGCCUGACACUGUGGAACCAGAUGCCAUUAAACCUGUUGGAAUCAGACGUCUUGAUGAAAGGCCAAUCCAUGCAGAACCUCAGUAUCCAGUCAGAUCAGCUGCUCCUCAUCCUGGGGACAUAGGGGACUUCAUUAAUGAGGGACUUAAAGCAGCUGACAACGACCCUACAGCCCCGCCAUAUGACUCCCUCCUAGUCUUCGACUACGAAGGAAGUGGCUCCACUGCUGGAUCCUUGAGCUCUCUUAACUCCUCAAGUAGUGGUGGUGAGCAAGACUAUGACUACCUAAAUGAUUGGGGCCCACGUUUCAAGAAACUUGCUGAUAUGUACGGUGGAGGUGAUGACUGAACUUCAAAGUGAACUUUGUUUUUGGACAAGUACAAACGUUUCAACUGAUAUUCCCCAAAAGCAUACAGAAGCUAGGCUUUAACUUUGUAGUCUACUAGCACAAGUGCUUGCUGAAGGCUUUGGCUUAGGCUGCAAACCAAUUUGGGCUCCGUGGAAUAUCAGUGAUCCAAUGCUGUUUGGAAAAAAAUAUUGAGCUCAGUUACACUUGAAUUUUACAGUACAGAAGCACUGGGAUUUUAUGUGCCUUUUUGUACCUUUUUCAGAUCGGAAUUAGUUUUAUGUUUAAGGCUUUAAUGGUACUGAUUUCUGAAAUGAUGCAUUAAAGAGACAAAAUAUGUUGGGGUGGGGAGGAGUAAGGUGAAACACAAUAUGCUUCAACAUGCUUUUGUUACAUCGCAUUGCUUUUAUUAAAAUAAGGAGAUUAAAAAUAAACAAAAAAACCCCUCAUGGAACAAUUUUAUUAUCUGGGAGAGAAGACCAUGAGGUGGAACAAUGUACAUUACUUCUAGUUUUAGAUGUUAGGGGAUUUUUUUUCACUAAAAUUCUAAAACUUAUGCAGCUGGUUGCAAAUAAAGGGAGUUUUCAUAUCACCAGUUUGUAGCAGAAUUGUUUUUUUUUUUCUUAUGCUAGAAUGUUAGACACAUUUUGGUCUUAAUCCAUGUACACUUUUCUUUUUUUUUUUUUUUUUUUAAUUUCUAGUAUUUUUUCCCACUUCACUGUAAAAAAUGGUAUGUGUACAUAAUGUUUUAUUGGCAUAGUCUGUGGAGAAGUGCAGAAACUUCAGAACACGUGUAUGUAUUAUUUGGACUAUGAAUUCAGGUUUUUGCAUGUUUAUAUCUUUCGUUAUGGAUAAAGUAUUUACAAAACAGGUUGCAAACAAGUGACAUUGAUUCAAUUGUUGAACUGUAGUUAGAGUACUCAAUAUUUUUUUUUAUUUUUAUUUUUAUUAUUUUUUUGUUUGUUUGGGGAGGGAGAAAAGUUCUUAGCACAAAAGUUUUACA